GAUCAGCUGUUGCCGUGUUCAUCAGAGUGUGCCAAUCUAUCAAGACAGAGUUAGAAAGAAAGAAAGAAAGAAAGAAAGAAAGAAAGAAAGAAAGAAAGAAAGAAAGAAAGAAAGAAAGAAAGAAAGAAAGAAAGAAAGAAAGAAAGAAAGAAAGAAAUGCCAAGAUCUUUUCUUGUAAAGAAAAAACGCAGUGCAUGUGGUACAUGGCAAUGGAAAGAACCCGAACAGCAUCAGUGGAAGGAGGACAACUCUGUAGGAGGUGGAACAACAGUCGGAGUGAUACCCCCAGUGUCUUCGACGGUAUCAGGGUACCAAGGGUCAGAUAUCCGAAGCUGGUCAAAAACGAACCCCGUGUGUUUUCCAUCUACACUGACCUCCAUCAACCGAGCAAAGGCUCGCCCGCGUGGGACACCUGUUUCUGGUGAUUUUGGGUGCUCACUGUGCCACAAAAUCUUUCCCCUGCAGCGCAUGCUGACACGCCACCUCAAGUGCCACAGUCUUGUAAAGAGACAUCCCUGUCGAUUCUGUGGCAAAGGAUUCAAUGACACUUUUGACCUCAAGAGGCACAUGCGAACACACACAGGUAUCCGCCCCUACAAAUGUGAGCUGUGUGAAAAAGCUUUUACACAACGUUGCUCUCUGGAGUCCCAUAUGAGAAAGAUUCAUGGUGUUCACCAACAAUAUGCCUACCGGCAGAGACGGUCUAAGAUCUUUGUGUGUGAGGACUGUGGUUAUACCUCAAGUCGGCCUGAUGAGUACUUCUUCCAUGUGAGGCAACAUCAUCCAACCAGUCCUGCGCUCCGCCGUUAUUAUCGGCGACAUGCCCAUGAGAACAGCACACUUCCAUUGGCAAAUUCUAAACUCAACCCCUAUCCCUAUCUCUACUCAACUCCAACCUACUAUAUGUAGAGCUUGUUUACCUCAUUAGUCAACUGGAAUCAGAUCUGUGACCUGCAUUUAUUAGUGAGCAAAUUAGAAGUGAAUAAAGAAAUGCUGCUUUUAAAUAUUUCACAGCGCAACAUUUACAUAAUCUAUAUCCUGUAAUGAUAUUAAAUUAUCUUCUGUCAACA